AGGGGAGACAAGAAAUAAACAAAUAGAAACUAGAAGUCUAGAUUCUAGAGCAGAAGAAAACAAUUUCCAGUCGCAGUGCACCCACUCCCCACUAGAUCUACCAGUGCCACAAAAGGUGCAAAAGAAGUUGACGUAAGAACAUUUCCAGCUCAAGCCAGGUUACUGUUCAGAGGAAUAAAAGAUAGAAGCAAGUGGAGAAGUAAGGAUGAUGCAUCUUGUAUAAGUUAAAAAAAGUAAGACCAACUCCUGUUUCACUUUUUUAUCAAGUUUGUUUGGGACACAUUUUUUGAUUUGAUACAACAAAAGUUUUGAGAUGGUCAGACUUGCUCUACGUCGUAACCACCUGUUAGCGUUAUCAGGAUUUUUUCUGGUCCUGCUGUUGCUGUGCUACAGGCUUCCUUUUUCCCAACUCUACCGCAAGAUGCACAACUACAACACGCUGUUCAAACAGGUACAGGAAGCCAGCAGACUUCGAUCUCAUGUCAGUCAGAAAUACUUUCAGUCUCUGGAAAGGACUCCGAAACCUAAUAUUUAUCAAGAACGUAUGAAAAAAGGUAAUGUUACCAUUGCCGUUGGUCUAAUCACUGUGAAAAGGUCAAAUAAAGAGACAGAGCAUUUGCCCCCAGGUACUCUUGACUAUCUAAUGCAGUCUGCCUCGCUUGUGGAUCAUAUCAUGAGACACCACGCCUUUUUCCAAACGUCUGUUCCUUUUAUUUGCAAUGUGGACACAUUUCCAGAAAGUCAUAAGACGGCUGAAAAGCUUUACAAAUUUCUUCCAUACACUGAAAGAUAUGGGCUCAAUUCUUUUGGUAUUGGUCCUCUUACAUUUCCUGGUUCAAAGAAACUCUACCAAGAUGUUCAGUCCCAUGUGUCGCGGUACCACAAAGAGACUUAUGACUAUGCAUUCUGCCUUCAGUCAGCAGCUUCUCUGCAUCCCCAGUAUGUGAUUCUCCUGGAGGAUGAUGUUCUGCCUCAUAAAGACCUCCCAUAUGUACUGGAACAUAUGAUUCAUUCGAGACUGAAUCUCACAAAAAGUGAUCACUAUAAGAACGGUAUUGCAUAUUUAAAGAUGUACUAUCCUGCGAAAUGGCAAGGAUAUGCCACUGAGUGGACGCGGGUUUUUGAUCUACUUAGCGUGAGUGCUGUUGGAGCAGCUGUUGUCCUACUGAUUUCCUUUAUUCUGCCUGCGAAACUGAAAUCCAAAAUCAUGUGCAACGAAUCCUGGAAGACAUUUUUGAUAUCAUUUCUCAUGGUGAUGCUGACAUGUUGGCUUUUAGGCCGACAGAACAUCAAUGAAUUUCGUCGUAUUUCCAAACAUUUGUACCGCCUCCAGCAGUCGGAGGGUUGCUGCACGCAAGCUAUGCUGUAUCCCAUCGACGUGGUGGCCCCUCUGACACAACAUCUGGUCACCGUGUCGCCUCACACUCACACAGACUUGGCCAUCAUGGACUAUGCAGCACAAGGCACUUUGCCAGCUCUGCAGAUAGAGCCUAGCCUUUUCUUUCAUGUGGGGCUGAUCACGUCUCUCAACCAGAGACAGAAGCAUCCAGAGGAAUUUAUUUUCCAUUUGUGAUGACAACUGUAUUACGGUAUCAUAACUUUGUUUUUUAGCUGUACUAAUUAUCUACAGUAAUGAUCAAAAUGACAGACGAAAAAAAAUGGAAUCCCUGAGAAAUCCAGAGCUAGUAUCAAAGACUUAUUUCACGGGCAGGUCUUUUUUUUUUCCAUAAGGUGAACUUUAAAAAAGUAUGGAAAGGUUGGCUUGACAGUUGUCAGUGAAAGAAAGUCUAGGAGGAAAUUUUGGAAUUCAUGAUGUAAUCACUUCUUUAUGAUGCUACCCAAGUUUUGUUUCCAAGACCUCUCCAUUGUUUAUUUCUGACAGCAUUAUCAGCUUUUGUGUACAUUUUUUGUAAUAUGUCCCUGAAUGUGGGACAAAUAGAAAUGUGGGGAAUUAAUCCAGCUUGUGUACAUACUCACAUUAACAUACACAGGCAUUCAUUUGAAAUACAUGUCUAGCAUUUAUUUGUGUAUUUGUAACACAUCCAUGGGAACAGUGGCUGAAUGGAUGGGCAAUGGGCAAAACUGGAAGAAC